GCCGUGGUCUCUUCUCGAAGAGCAGGAAGCGGUUGUUUGUUAUUUGUUCGAAUCAACGAGGUAGGGACAAUGUAGUUAACUGAUUGUCAAAAAUAAAUAUUUAUCUCAACAACUGUUUAUAUUCUUCAGAUUACAUCUCUGAAAUCAUUACAUUAGUCAUGAGUAGUGAUACAUCUUCCAUGCCAGAUAUUGAAGAGUAUAUGGCAUCUAUCUGUGACCAAAAUGGAAAAACUGUAGAUAAUAUUCAUAAUAUUACAACCUCCUGUGAUGAUGAGUGUUCAUCUGAUGAAGUAGAGGUAAUAAAAGAAUUGAAAGUAAAUCUUGAUAAACAUGAAUGUGAUUUGUGCUGUGAGGGGACAUUUUUAGUGAAUAAAUUAUUGCAGUUUGGUGGUGUCCUGAAUGAUGAAUAUAAGCAUGCUUGUGACAUAUGCAAUGUGGGCUUCAAAACAAAAGCUGAUGUAUAUAAACAUAAGAAGCUGCACGAAGAUGGUGUUCUAUCAGAAGAUUCAUGCAUUCAAAAUUUGACUUCUCUUUUAUAUGUACCAGAUAACUCGCAUGAAAUCAGUUCAUCAACACCAUCAUCAUCUCGUAAAAAGUCAAAUUCCUCUGCUCCUGUUGUUUGUGAUACGUGUUAUAAAAUUUUUAAGUCUGAAAAAACUCUGAAGACUCACAAGAAAAAUCAACAUAGCAAUAUAAUUUAUACUUGUGAAGUUUGUACUCUAAAAUUUUCAAAGUUUCGAGAUUUUAAAAAACAUUGUGGGACUCACACAAAUUUGGAAAAAUUUAUUACCUGCCCAACAUGUAAAAAACAAUUUUUAUAUAAAAACUCUAUAAAAAAACAUGUGUGUGCUCUAAAAACAUAAUAUUUGGUGUGAAAUUAUGAAUAAUAUCUUUUACUUAAAAAAAAUUGUAAUUUUUAUCAGUAAAUAUCAAGAUGUUAUUGUAAAUAAAUCAGAGUUUUGUUUAAUUUAGUUUUGUUUGUUUGUAACUGUAUUUGAAAUCCUGUAUGUACAAAAUAUCUUCCAAUUAUUUA